CCCAGACAGGCAUGACUUUCCCACUUUUCAGAUGAGGAACCUGAAGCUCCCAAAGGAGAAGAGGAGGAUGGCCUACGAAAAAUCAGCUGAUAUCUUUGACAUCUCCAGGUCGAUGUUCAAGUACCCAUGGCUGGAAUACCCAGAAAGGACCAAAGAACUCAGAAAAGUCAUGGCUCCUGUCCACCUGCCCUUGUCCUGCUACCAGAUGCCAAAGGAAGAGUUUCCCCCAAGUCCAGGGUGCUGGAGGCAGCACCCAAGCCAGCCAGAUUCAGUGCCUUACUGCUACUUCAAGAAGCCUGAGAUCUACACACACUGGCACACUCUGUAUGAUCAGCGACAAGAACGGGAGGCCCUGAAAAUGUUGCGGAAAAUGAGAGAUCCCCCUAGGCAACUCAAAGAGAGCACGCCCAUCCAAAAAUUCCAUCUCCCUAUGAGCAAGUUGACUAUAAAAUCUCAGAUGGAAUCCAAGCCCUCAGACCCUACUGGAAACCCCCUGAAGUGGCAAAGAUUAAAGGAACUCACAGAAAGCCUGGAAUCUCCCAGAGAGCAUGAGCAGUUCUAUGCAGCACAGGCUCUGGGGUGCCUGGGCAUCAGUGACAAGUUUGUCAUAGAGGCACUACGGCAGGUGGCCCAAACUGGUCCAGAGAAAGUGAAGUAUGAGGCCUGUCGAAGCCUGGCCAUACUGGGUUGCCUGAAUAAGCACGUGAUCCAGGUUCUCAUCACACAGUUGAAGGGGCAAAAUGAGGGGCGAAGGAUGGAUUCUCUGACAGGGCUACGAGUGGCUCUCAACUCCUGGGCUGCUAUCCCCAAAGACAAGAGGACUCAAGUCGGGGAUGAAGAGAAGUUGGUAGCUGUGCUGCAGAUGCUGAUAAAUGAGUCAUCGAACGAAGCAGCUGUGGAGGCAGCCCUGUGCUUGGGUUUCCUGAGGCCCUGCAGCAACACAGCCCAAGAGUUCUUGCUGCAGUGCCUGAGCCAAGGGUCCAAAACCCAGCAGAUGAAGGCACUCAGGAUGCUGGUCAAGAUGAUGCAUGUACACACACCCACAGUCACCAGGGCCAUCCUAGACCAGCUGUGCUAUUCUAGUGUCCUGGAGCACCGCUUUGAAGCCACCCAGAUGCUCAAGACCAUUGGGCUGGAAAAGAUCCAGGCACAAGGGCUGGAGGGAUUCACAUUUGACCUGCUCUGGAGGAAGACGUAUAAUGAACCUUUCCUUGCUAUGAGGCAGGCUGUGGCUGAAACUGUGGAAGACCUCAGGAUGAAGCCUACAAUGAUGAACUUGGUGGAGGCGCAACUGAUGAACUCAAAUAUCACUGCACGCCAGGAAGCAGUCAUCUCUUUGGGCGUCCUGGGGAUCCGCAGCCCACAGGUGUUCCACCUGCUCCUGGAUAUGCUAGACACAGAAAAGAGCCAGGCUGUGAAGAACAGCCUACAAGAAACAUUAACUGUCUUGGCCUCAAUUGAUCCCUGGAUCCAAAACAAGCUGAAGAACAAGGUUGUCUUUGUGUGUGAGGCACUUAAGACUAAUGAGGAGGAAGGGCCUACAAGGUUCCGGAAAGAGCCUGAGAACCCAGAAGAGUUAACUAUUCAAGACUUUCAACUUGCACAGCUGAACCUGUUUAUUGCAAAGUCCACAGCCACAUCAGACCAACAGAAAAAGCUGAGUGCCCAGAGAGGCUCUGCCUUUUACCUCCCCUCUGCCUUCCCACCCUGUUUCUCUAAACCAAAACAAAAAGCACCAGCCACAGGGCCCUGGGUGCCAAGGAUCAGGAAGCAGCUCCAGAUCCUAGCUAAAACCUCCCAAUAGGUCAGUUCUUCGGGCCAA